CUUUCUGUAAACAGAAAUUGCUGGACGUAGAAACCCUAAGAAGUCCCGUUUGCGGACAUCGUACUGGCACAGGAGGAAUAUUUUGAUACCCUUUGAAGAGCAUCAGACCAGGCACAACAGCCGGCUUUACAUCAUUCAACACUCGUAUUGCGCCUGAUUCUGUUUCCUCUUUGCUUGCUGGACCGCUCGGAGCGUGCGUCGUCCAUGUAGUUUCUGCAAUCGAUGUCAGCCAUUACUCACCUAAAUACUCAUUGAUUCAUGUUGUAAUUAAUUAAACGAGAACUCGCCUUGUGCUCAACCUAACUUGGACGAAGACUCGCGAGUCGGGCAUCCGCCUCUAGCUACGUGGAACUGCAAGGGGACACGCUACCGAGCGCAGUCUUUGUUGGAAUGUAUCUAUGUUACAUUCUGCAUCCCUGGCGCGUUGCGGCCAACGGAGGCAACAGAACAGCCAUGCUGACAACGGAGGUCCGCCGCGUUACCGUGUUGCAGCGUACAUCGCCACAAUGGCGCUCCUCUUGUGCGCGCUAACACCAGUAAGCGGACAGAAUGCAUCCACAGCCCCAUCGUGGCUGUAUUGUCUUGCAGGCGCCGCACGGUGCCCCACCAGUGCAGGCCCCAAGUGCGUCGACCGCACGCUGAUAGCAGCCUGGGUGGCGGAGUGCGCCCGCUCCGAUGCUACAUGGCGGGGACAGCUGCCCUACCUGCGGUUUAUUGCCAGCGAGGGCGCACCCGCUGCCUGGGCGCUGCGGCACCUCACCCCGGCCGAGGUCCCGGUGGCCAGACCCCCUCCAGCCGCUGCCAUUAGCGGUGCUGGCAACAGCAGCGACAGCAGCAGCGGCGGCGCGGGAGGGGCGGCGGCUGUGCAGAAUCAGUCGGUGACAGUCGGGCAGGACAUGGGCACGGGCACUCCCUCCCCAUGGCCCGUCGUCGUCAGCGUUGCGCAGGGCCCAGCCUUACCGUCGAAGCCCGUAUAUGUUUGGUACGGCACGGCGCAGUUCGUGGACGUUGGAGGCAUCGAAUACGACGGCGAUCCGGGCGGCACCAGCAGCACCGCCGCCAGCAGCAGCACCGCCGGUAUCGCUGACACCAGCAACGGUGAGGGCACCGGCAGCAGCGAGCAGGCCGGUGCGGCUGACGGCAUCAGCGGCAGCUCCCGACGGCUGCUGAGGCGGCUUUCCGCUGCUGAUGCUGCCGUCGACGCCAGCCCACCCGACCUGCCGCAGCCCCCGUCACCACCCGCCUCCCCAUCCUCCUCCUCCUCCUCGCUGCCUCCUGACGCCUGGAUAAUGAGCGGCGAGGAGGUUGGCGCGGUGACGACCUCCCGCACCGGGCUGGACCUCACCUCGCUGGUGCGGCGGGACGCGGCGGUGCAGUGGAGCGGCCUGCUGCCGGCCUUCCAGUACAGCCUGUACCGCAUGGGUGGCAGGUCGUACGGCUUGCCGCUGCAGCUCAGCGCGCAGCUGCUGUACUACAACCGGCGGGUGCUUGCGGCACACGACAUAGCGCCGCCGCAGACGUGGCAGCAGCUGCUGGCGGCGGCGGCGCGCUUGCAUGGCCGGGACCUGGACGGCGACGGCUCCCCCGACUUCGGCGUGUGCCUGGUGGCGCCCUCUCCGCCGCCGCUGCGCCCCGCCUGCCCGCGUGCCCCGCCGCCGCUACCGCUGCGAUUGCUGCUGGACGUGUGGGCGGCGCACACGCAGACAGCAGGGCCGCGGCAGGGCGUGUGGUUCUCGCAGGACGGCAGCAUGCGGCCCUGGCUGCACGGGGCGGCCAUGCGGCGGGCGCUGAAGCUCACCGCGGCGCUCAGGGACCUAGGGCCGCCGGAGACGGCAACGGCGGCGGCAGCGGCGGAGAAUUGUACGGACGCAAGCGCCAACGCCGCCGGCAGCAGCAGCUCACUUUUUAACGACCCACUGCAGCUCUUCUUGAAGGGUCGUUGCGGCUUUGCAAUUGCGCCUGGGCUGUCCGUGCUUAAGGCCUUAGCGGCAGCAAGGGCUGCUGCAAUGUUUGACACGCCGCCAUCACCAGCAGCAGCGGCUCCCCCGCUGCCGCUGUGGGGCCAGCUGGGCGCCUCCCCGCUGCCCGGCGCCUCCGCCACCUGGCGCCUGGCUAACGACUCGCUCAGCUGGUGCCGUGCCGCCACCUGCCCGCUAGCGGAGCCGCUGAGGCUGCCGCAGGAUGCAGCCGCCGCCGCCGCUGCGGUGGCCCUGGAGGCGGCGGCCAUCACCCAGGAAGCACCCGGCGCCCUUAGCAACAACAGCAGCAGUACGCUUGCCGCAUCCUCGGCCUCAUCGCUGCUGGUCAAUCGUGCGCAGUUGGUGUCUGUGACGGCGGCGGCAGUGGUGGCGGGUGGCGCAGGGGCGGACCCGGUACGGCAGUUGCUGGCGUACGCGGCGGUGUCCUCGCGGCUAGCGGAGCCCUGGGCGCUGCAGGAUGUGCUGGACCCCUCCUCAGAUGCCAACCCCUUCCGCUACUCGCACCUAGCCACCGACCCAUGGGUCAGCGCCGGAUACCACCCAGAUGAUGCUGCCGCCGCGCUUGCGGCGUACGGCAGCGUCAUGUCGCUCCGAAACCUUGUCCUUCCCCUUUCCGUACCUGGGGCUUCGACCUACAUGGAUGCUGUGAGCGCAUUGCUGGCGGAUUAUGUGGUGGCGAGGACCCAGCCGGCAGAUGCCUUCGCGGCUCCGCCGCCAUCACCCUCGCUUCCGGCAUCACCUACAGAAGAGGAUUUUACAGAAUACGGCAGGAAGCUGAUGUCAGCAGAGGCAGAGGCGGCGUCAGACGCGAGCCCGGCAGCUGCGUCUGAUGGAGCCGUGGCGGCGGCGCUGACGCGCGCUGCUGCUGCGGCGGUGGCGGCGGCCUUCGGUCCCGACCCCGACACCGCCGCCGCCAACCAGGUGUGCUACUUGCGCAGCCUCCGGACCUGGUCCCGCGCGCAGUCGCUGGCGCAGGAGCUGGCGGGCGGCGUGGUCCCCGGGGAGUCGGUGUCUGGAGGCGAGUCCACCUCCGGCCCCGUCUCAUCCCCGCCCGCCCGCCGCGGCGGCAUGCCGGGGUGGGUGGUGGCGGUGGUGGCGGUGGUGUGCGGCUUCACGGGUUUCGCCUUGGGCGCCGCAUUGCUGGAUACGCUGGCUCGCUGCCUGCGGGGCGGCUGGGACGCGCGCGCGGUGUGGAGGGGGGCGCUGCAGCCGCCGGGGCCGUCGUCGGACCUGACCCUCCUGCUGAGCGAUAUCGAGGGCUCCACCACGCUGUGGGAGGAGCUGCCCGCCCCCGUGAUGGACACCGCCAUGCGGCUGCACGCCACCACCUUCCGCAAGCUGCUGCGGCGGCACAGGGGGUACGAGUCGGCCACGGAGGGGGACGCCUUCAUCUGCGCAUUCAGCUCCCCCCAGCCAGCGCUGGCCUUUGCGCUGCAGCUGCAGUCAGCGCUGCGCUGCCUGCCCUGGCCGCAGCAGCUGCUGGCCGCCCCGCAGGCCGCCGAGCUGUUCGUACUGCCCAGCGUGCCUGCCGUACGAGCCGCAGACUGGGCGGACACGCUGGCGGCGCAGGCCCACACGCAUGCACAUGUGCAUGGAGGGGGGCGCGGCAGCAGCAGUCCGGGAGCACUGAGCAGGCGGGCGACCGGAACAGGGACACUCGGGCGGCACCGCCAGAGCCGCACGCAGAUAGAGCAAACAGCGCUGCCCCCCCAGCAGCAGCAGCAUGAGAUGGAGGAGGAGGAGCUGCAGCGGCACCAGUUACAUGCAGGCGCGUGUGCUAGCAGCCCCAGAGGCAGCGGAGGCAUUCCACAGGUGCCGCUGCUGCCGCUGGCGCUGCGCCCUCCCAGCUUCCAGGCCAUCAGCUGCCCGCACUUCAGCCGGCCGUCCACACGAGGCGCCUCGGGAGCAGCAGCCUGGUCGUCCGCCGCGAUUGCGCCCUUGGAUGCCUGUGUCCUUGCAGCCGCCAACGCAUGCCCCACAGCCAGCACCACUCCCCAAGCUGCCGUCUGCGGCGCCUCCGCUAGCAGCCCCCUGCACCCCGCCGCCAGCUUGCCGCCCACACUGCCGCCCCUCCCGGCAUCUCCGGCCGCUCUCCCACAGGAGGAUGCCGGGUUAGCCGCUACCGCCGUUGCACUCCCAAUUUGUGAGGUCGCCGUACCGGCAAGGGAAUUAACUGACUUCAGCACAGGCGGGGUGGGCCUCGUCCCGAGUCGCAGCCAGGCAGCUGCCCCCGCCGGCAACACCAGCACCUCCGCCUUCCCGACGCCAACGCCUCAACACCUUCAACCCAGCACCGUGACCGGGACAUGCACGGCAGAAAGUACGACGAAAUGUGCGGCGCCAGGCGGAGGGACCCAUUCCAGCAUGUGGCAGCUGCUGCGCGGGGCGGGCCCGCAGCUUGGUCGGCGCGGCUUGCCUGCGGCGGCGAGCUGCACUCUGGAGGGGGCCGCCUCGUUGCCGGCCUUUGCCGUCGGAGGUUGCAGUGUGACUUCGGACGCUUCUGAACUCGACCUCCGGCCGUACAGCCCCAUCACAGCGGCUUUCACACUGGGGAAGGCACCGCCGAACCCGCACGACCGUCAGCCGGAGCCGGAGCGGGAGCGGGUUGUUCCACCACCGGCACCGCUGCCGCGGCCAUCACAGGUGGCUUCCUCACUCGGCGGCGUGGGUGUGCAGCUCCAGCGGCUUGCCCUCGACGUGUUGCAUGCUGCCGGCGUCAAAGCCGGCGGAGGUGCCGCCGCCGACGCUGUGGAUGAUCUGGCCCGGCUCAGCAGGCUUGACGGGUGUGGCGCGGUUGACGUCAGCGGCUACCUGCAUGACGCGGGCGCUGACGGUACCUUUGGCAGGCGGACCGCCCCCCCCUCGACGCUGCUUCUGGAUUUCGGCGGCAGCACCUGCAUGGAGGGCGACGAGGAGGAGGGCGACGGCAACUGCCACACGCCGUCAGCGACGCGACCCUCGGACUUCCGCAGCCACCUGACGUCGCUGUUCCGGCCCUGCUCGCCGGACACGCCGGGCGCGCUGUGCGUGUACCGGGGUCUGCGGCUGCGGCUGGGGCUGCAUUGUGACAGCAGGGAGGGGUGCGAGAUGCGCGCUAACAAGGCAUCAGGGCGCGUCACGUACGGAGGUGGCCUCAUGGUUGCCGCCCGCGCCCUGUCCAACACGGGUCACGGCGGCUCCAUUGUGAUCUCGGAGCAGGCCCGCGUGAGGCUGCUGGCGGCGGGGGAGCUGCAGCACGCGGACAGCGGUGUCGUACUCUACAUGGGGCAUUACGCGCUGCCUAGGGAUGCCAGCUACCGCCCCCGCGCGCCGCCGACUGCGGCUGAGGCGACUGCGGCCAUGGCGGUGUUGUUGAAGACGUCGACGACUGGCGAGCUGUGCGAUGGUGGCGGCGACGGAGGCGGCUGCGGCGAGGCAGGGAUGACGGAGGACAGCUCUGCGACGCUACCGCCAGCGUUGCAGCAGCCACACACGGCGACGUCAGUCGAGGCGGCUACCCUGGCGGGUGUGGGAGCGGGCGCAGGCGCGGGGCGGGCUGUUCGCGCUCGCGAGUACGGCACUGCGCUGUACCAGGUGGUGGGCGGCGCGGGUGCGUUCAUGUCGGUGCGGGCCGCGUACGAGCCGCCGCUCAGUCGCGCCGGCACCUGCGUGGCACUGGGCACACUCUCCGCGCCUCUGGGCCCCGCCGUCGCCAUCGCCGAGCUGCGUGCGCAGGGCUCCGCGGUGCUCGCCGCCUGGAACCGCGCCGUGUUCGAGCGCAGCAUGCAGCUCAUGGAGGCCUGCUGCAGGGCCCUGGCGGGGCGGCACGGCGUGACGCUGGCGGCGGAGGGCGGCCGGCGGCGGCAGCGCAGCUCGGGUGUGGUGGCGGUGGGCGUGUGCGGUGACGCCGGCGCGCUGGUGGGCUGGGCGCUGGAGUGCCAGUCGGCGGGGCUGGAGCUGCCUUGGCCUGCCGAAUUGCUUGGACACGAGCUAGGUGAGACGCUGUUGCUGCCGCCCACCGCCACUCCAGCGGAGGGCAGCUUCAGCAGUGAGCUAGAGGGCGGCAGUCCGCGCUGCCUCCGCCGCCCCAGCGGCCUGGGCGGCUCCCCAGGCAGCACCGCCAGCUCCGCCCUCGCCGGCCUGCUGCACCUGGUCGCCAGUCGCGGUGCGUCAAGAGGCGGCGGCGGCGGCAGCUGCUCGUCCAGCAGGCAGCGGAGUGUUGUUGCCGCCGGCGGUGGGGACAGCGGAGGCGGCAGUGCCGCUGCUGCCGCGGCGGCCGCUGCCAGGGGCCGGGUGCCCUCGGGGUUCAGGCUGCUGUCGUACAGCGUUGGCCGGCGCGCGGUGGCGGUGCGCGGUGCGGGCGCCUGGCGGUGGAGUGCAUCCAAGACUGCGGCGGCGGAACCGGCGGUCGGGGGACGGGGGACGAGGAGUCUGACGCUGGCUGCGACGGCGGCUGCAAGCCGAACUCGGGAGGCUGCCCCAGUGAUCAGUCCCGCCACGGGACAAGCCAGCGGCGUCAGCGACGCGCGCAAAGGUGACGGCAAGUCGCUGAAGGCGCCCUCAGCUCGCAGCUUGCAUGCCUCCCAGACACCGCCGCCGCCGGAAACUGCAGCAGCAGGCACCCUAGCCUUCGCUGCCGGCGCGUCACCUUCCUCGUUGCCUUGCGCGCCUUCCCGACCCUGGCGCCAACCCGCGGGCUGUCCCGACCCGGUGGCGCCAGCGUGGCUACUCAGUGAGUCCGAGGGCGUGGCGGGAUCACCCACGCUAGGACUGCUGGCGGAUGUUGAAGAAGAGGAGGGGCCGCCUACCGCUGCUCGCGCCUUCGGGAGCGUGGUGCUGAUGGCCCGCACAAGCCCUGGCAGCGCCGCCAGCGGACUUGAAGAGCCCGGCGACUUGUGCAGUCCCGGCGUCUGUCCAGUUUUGAAUGACACGAGGGGCGGCAGCAACGGCGACUUGCCAUUAUCCCUGGACGUCAUGGGGCAGCAGCAGCAGCAGUAUGAGGAGCUUUCUCCCCGAUACUUGCCGGAGGGCAUGCAGAGCUGGAACGAGCAGCAGGAUCGUGGGCCAGUGAGGCACGUGGGGACGGCAGAUGUGACUCGGAUCGGUGCGGCUCCUCGGCCCACACGUACCUUAUCUAGGCGGACAGUGCCCUGGCGGCAACCCAGCGGUGCCGCAGCUGGCAGCCUGCUGGGAUGCAGCCUGGGUGCUGAAGCUGGACUACUGAGCCGCGAAGCUGAGGCCGAGGACUACUCGCCUGCAGCACACAGUCCUACAGCCCCGAGGCGCUCGGGGAGCUUUCCCAAGCGAGGGAAUGUUGCCCUGGCCAGGCGCUCCUCAGCCCUGCACCAAGCAUGUCGGGACGGCGGCGGGGUCACCGCUGACAGGAGCGUUGGCGGCCACCGCGCGCGGUGCAACCUGCCGCUGCCCCCUGGUGGGGCGCUAGGCCCGGCUGCUUCCGCCGGCAGCUUCACCAGCCGCAUGCGGACCAGCGGCGGCGGCGGCGGCGGGGGUGCCACCGGCGUUGGCCGUAGCAGGCGGCGAAGCCUGGUGGUCCUUGCCCUGCAGGAGCGCAAGCGGAGCUCGCAGGGUUACCAGCUCGGACCUGAGGCUGAGGGAGGCGGCCCGGCGCGAACCCUGGCAAGGCGCUCCGCCCGCGCUGCACCAAGACUGACCCAUGGGUCUGCCCCGAUGUCACUUGACGAGCAGCGCGCCCUGGCAGACAUUGCGAUGUGCAGCAGCCCGGCCGCCACCUUACACCGCCGGCAGGGGCUCCCCUCUCUGUCCGCAUCGCCACCGGAGCUAGGCCCGGAGGGCAGCACGGCAGUCGCAGGGGUGGCAGGCAGCGUAGCAGGUGGAAGCACGGCGGCGGGGGUGGGGUCCGCCGCGCCGGCACGGGCAGGAUUCUCCGCAGCCAAUCCUUACCAGCGGCGGGGGUAUUCAUUUCUGUCACGUCGUUCCACUGAGGAUCUGCUGCGUGCGCCCAGCGGCGGUAGCGGGGGCAACUGCAACUGCGGCGCGGACGGCACUGGGGGCUGCACAUGCAGUGUUCUUGCUGUCACCCACAGUGGAGGAAGCGGCGAUGGGGAUAAUACCUGGUCCGCGUCGACACUGGCUCGCAGCAACAGCGGCAGCGUCGUGCUGGAUGCUCGCCGACCCGUGGGUCACCUGGAGAGCCGCCUCUCUGUACGCAUCGCGCGCACCAACAGCGUAUCCUCGGGAAGCCCGUUGUAUCGUGCUCUGAUGCAUCAGCACCAGCAACACCAACAACAAGAACAACAACAGCAGCAGCAGCGGCGGGAGCAAUGGCAGCCGGCGAAGGGAGCACAAUCAAGAGCUGGUCCGACACCUCUUCCGGUGGUGAGGGCGAAUGUGGCGGUCAGCGCUCAGGCCGUUCCCCACACUGCUAACACCAACAAAAGGGCCGCGGGCCUUUCCGAGCCCGCAGCUGCUAUCUAUGUUGGUGCCACCGUUGAGUGCUCUACGCCCGCUGCUUCGCCGACAAUGCGUUCACCGUUAAACGCGCCUUCGCACGUGCUAGAGCAGCGGUGCCCUGCGUCCCGCGCUGUCCCGGUCGAGCCAACCGGAGCUCCGCACUUGGCAGUGCACACGGACGAGGAGCGCGUGCUGGGAGAGCGCGACGGCGUGUCGUACCCUGCUGCAGGCACAGUGGGGCGCCUGGUGUACCGCGGACUCCGACUGAAGGGCGCCGUGGAUGUGGGGAGCUUGCAGGCGGUUAUCGUGGGCUCCAGCGGGCGGCUGCAGUACCGGGGCAGGUGUGCGGACCGAGUCGCCACGCUGGCGGGGCUGGCGCGCUGCGGGCAGCUCCUGGUCAGCGAGGCCGCCGUACGCAGCGCAUGCAAGCUGGAUCCCUCCGUUCGCCUGGAGGACCUGCACCACCGCUCCGCCCAGCGUGGCCCCUCCAAACAGCACCUCUUGAAACGCGUAGCCGGCGGUGGCAGCUGCGGGGGCGCGGUUGCCAACAGCGGCUGCGAAGGCAGCGCCUCCGCUGGCAGCGGCGGUGGCGGCGGUGGCCGUCCUCACCACUCUGCCCGCGACCUUCCUGCGCUGCUGCAUCCCUGGCACCGGCCGGCAGAGGUCGCCUCGGAGGAUUGCGGCCUGCCGCAGCCGCCGCAUCUCAGGACGGCAGCGCUCCUGGGGGCACCUGGGGGCCGCACCUGGCGCAACAUGCGGCACUGCUCCCACGGCGGCAGCGGGGCCGGCGGCGGGUGGGCCUCUCCCAGCCCGCUCAGCGGCGGCAGCCCCCUGAGUGGCGGCAGUCCUCUCAGCGGCGGCAGCAGCCCCGUGGCGCCACGACACGCGGUGCCGCCGCCACUGCUGCAGCCGCCGGCUGCCGCCCUGCCGGCGGUUAGCGGUGUUGUGGAGCCGCGGCACCAGCAGCACCAGCAGCGGUCCGAGCAGCAGCCGCAGCAGCAGCCCCUGCAUGCGCACAAGCCUAGGCGCUCAAGCCGGCAGCGGACCAGUCCCUCGCAUUCACACUCCGAGCCCCUGGUCAAGGUUCCGUCGGAAGUGUGCUUGCCCAUGAGCGACCCAAGCGUCGAGGGCGCCUGGUCAAGCAGGGCCGCCUCGCCGGCGCCUGCAUGCGUGCCGGCGCCUGCCGCGGCAUCCUUGUCCGCAGCCGAGACCCCGGCGCCGCCGCAAGGUGCACUGUCGCGGACUCCGCCGGCAUCCGGUUCGCAGGAGCUGCAGCGGAGGCCCUCGCGGGAGCAGGGUUGGGAGCUGCAGCGGCCAGCAGACCCCGGCAGAGGGGCCUCUUUGACGCUUCCCCUGCCGCCGUCUACGGUGCAGCAGCAGCAACGGCUGCAGCAGGCGCAACCUACGGCAAGCGAGCAUGACGGGGCUGCUGGCCAGCCGGCGACGGGAUGUGCCAUCGCAGUUAAGCCGUCUGCAGCGGGUGUCGCUACGAGCGAUGCAGCCUGUCCUGCCCCUGCUCUCACGCCCACAGAAGGGGUCCCGCAUGGUGCCGCCAGUAGUUGCCGUGACGUCAGCAGCAGCAUACGCGCCGCUGUGUUCAAGUCCUCGCCGCCAUCCACACGCAGUGGCCUGGCAAGCUUGUUUGCGCGGGUCACCGGCGGCAGUCCGGUGUACGACCGGGCCUCGCUUCGCAGCCAGCAGAGUGCCGUACCCGCCGCCACUGCUGUCGGCAGCGCCACCGGCGGCAUUACGGAAGAGCCGACGGCGGCCCACCGCGGCGGCGGCAGCGGCGCUGCUGUUGCCGCAAGCCCUGGAGCUGGGGGGGCGCGGGGGAUGGACGAGCGCGGCCGGCUGGUGUUACAAGUGCCAGCCCGGCGGGUCUUGUCGGUUGAGGGCUUGAGAGGCACGUGUGAGGGCAAGGAGGCGGCGGUGGGAGGACAGCAGGUGGUGGUGUUUGAGCCGCCUCCAAGGGCGCAGGUGGGCAAGGAUGCGUACACGCUGCGGGGUGUCAUGGUGGCUAGGUGGGCGCGGGACAAGUAAGCGGCACGUACGGCAGCUGAUGGGGGCAUGGUACGGUGUGGUGCUUUAGCUGCCUGCUGAAUGCGUCCGACACGCAAACGGCGGCGCUAGGUCGCUCGUGACACGGCUCCCAAACCCUCUUUGCAAGGAUGCACUUGGUUCGGGUGGCAGGAUGAUUGCGCCAGUGCGGGUAGUAGGCGGGGGAACAUAAAGGCGAGGUUAGGUACUUCGGAUGGUGAAGAGUAGGCAAACAGAGCGUGUAGGCCGCCCUAUUUAUGCAUUCGUAAGGUCCCUGGUGAAUGAUUAACAUGAGAAUGACGGUUGUAGAGGUUUGCGGGCUGGCAUCCCUGCGGGGUACUGAUUAUUGAUGUCCUUCAUGCUUGGAUGGUAAGUUCCGCACAGCGGUGAAUGCAACCCGUGGGCAAUGCAGCGUGGAUGGGCGGAGGGGGGUAGCGUGAGCAACCUCGCCGCUCGCACAAGGUAAGCCCAUGAGCGGGAGGUUCCAAUGUUGCGGGGGUUCAUGUGUUAAGACCAUGCAGGUCGGAGAUGACGAUGACCUUCCCCUUACUUGGUGCUAUUUCCUGGGCAGAGGGAAGACAUGUACGUGGGCUAUGUACGGCCAAGCGAGAUACAUGGGUGGAACAGCUUUGCGGGAUGAUGCAUUCCAUAUUUUGUGUUGUGGUGGCGGGUGACUGCUUUUGAGUCCAUGGGGAUUCAUCGUGUAUCUCAGGGUCCCUUCUUCACAGGGACGAGAGCGCAAGUAAAGGCAUGUUUACAGAGGGGCCAAUGAGUUCAUUUCAUGGCUAUUAGGGGACACGCAGACAGAUGCGGCGUCGCAGUUCCGAUGUCAGCCCACCGGCAACCGUGGUAGAAGCCGUCGGAGGCACCAAGCGAGCCUUUCGUGGAGUAUAAUUAUGCGAUCUGAUACACUAAUGUGAUUACACUUGCACGGGCGGUUGAAUGCUACUUAUGGCGCGCCGACGUCCUCACGUCAGCCUCGCGAUAAGCUGUUUGUUGGUUGUCAUUGUGUUCAGUCUGGUUUUCCUGAUAACGAGGAUUUGCGUUCCCAACUGGUUGCGUCCAGCUGCCGCCCUACAAGGCUACUUUGCUCACUGCAUUGAACCCCGCAUUGUCAGUGGACUGCUUGUGCUUUCUCGGUGACACCAUGCGUGUGGGGGUGGCUUGAUUGGCUUGUUAGUAGUUACGUUGUGGCAGUCGAGGCCGGUGGGGCACAAGGCAUGAAGGCAGGCAGGUGGGGUGGUGAUGAGCAGUGUUUCAGGGUCCGCUAUCCACAAGGUAUCGCUGGUAGUACCCUUGUUUGGGUUGGUGGUUCCUGGCUUCGUGUGCAUUAGGGCGUUCCAAAUGCUUUGCAGCAGCGGAUUCAUGCAUGGUCUUGGGAGUGCAGGCUUGUGGGUUGCAUCUAUGACUUGUUACGACGGUGAUGCAAAGCCGUUGCUUUCAUGUGUGACGUUUGAGUCUUCAUCCGGGGCUCUGCGUGUGCCUCCCGCAACUCUUUGGCUUUGACCGCGAGCCCCAGUGCCAAGUAACCAGAAGCCGCCGCAGAGAGGUUUCUAUCUUCAACCCCUUUGCCGCAUGCAGGGCGCUGUGCAGCCAG